CGCCAGUAGUAGUGCGUCUCAUGGAGGACAGCGAGCUCAUGAUCCUACAAAAAGCACAUGACGAGUUCAACAGUAAGAAUUAUAAACCAGCAGAGGAAUUAUACACACAAUUCAUCGAGUCCUGCACCAAAUCCAGAGACUGCAGUGCUCAUGAUUUGGCCAUUGCCUAUAAUAACCGAGGGCAGGUGAAGUAUCUGCGGGUGGAUUUUUAUGAAGCCAUGGAUGACUAUACCUCUGCCAUACAGAUCAACAGCCAGUUUGAAGUGCCACUUUAUAAGGGAUUGCUACGUUACAGAUUGGGCUUUUUCAAAGAACCUGAGAGUGACUUUCGGAGAGCCCUGGAACUGAAUCCUAAUUUUAAAGAUGCUAAAGAAAGUUUGCGGCAGACACUACUGGACCGUGAAGAAAAGUUGAAGAGAGGCUACUGAAGAGAACUAGUCAUUCAAUUUUAUAAUCAAACUCAUUAAACUGUUGAUUCAACUAUAAGUUAUAUUGUCAUGGACAAUCCAAGAGCAUAUGAUUGUGCAGUCAUGAGUUGAAAUGACAUUCAAACAUUUAGGCCUGGUUUCACA